GGAGAUCCCAUCCUAUUGGCUAUCAAGCCGGAAGUCGCAUCACGUGACAUUGAAAAUCAGCUGAUCCUCCGUAGACAUCUUUACGAGUCACGACUGCAGCGAUUAAUUCCAUAUUUCCGUUACCUCCAAUUCCAGGCCUAGCGGAUCUUGACGGCUGCAACCAUGGCGCUCAGCGAUGCCGACGUACAGAAGCAGAUCAAGCACAUGAUGGCCUUCAUUGAACAGGAGGCCAAUGAGAAGGCAGAGGAGAUUGAUGCCAAGGCAGAAGAGGAGUUCAACAUCGAGAAGGGCCGGCUGGUGCAGACACAGCGGUUGAAGAUCAUGGAGUAUUACGAGAAGAAGGAGAAGCAGAUCGAGCAGCAGAAGAAAAUUCAGAUGUCCAACCUGAUGAACCAGGCCCGCCUCAAAGUACUCAAAGCGCGCGAUGAUAUGAUCUCGGAAAUGUUGAACGACGCGCGUGAGCGGCUGGCGACCAUCGCUAAGGACCCCGCCAGGUACCCGGCCCUGAUGGACGGCCUCCUCCUGCAGGGAUUCUUUCAACUUCUGGAGCCCAAAGUGACCAUUCGCUGCCGCAAGCAGGACGUCCAAAUGGUGCAGGCCUCCAUUCAGAGGAGCAUUCCUGCCUUCAAGGAAGCAGUGAAGAUCAACCUGGAAGUCCGCAUCGACCAGGACAACUACCUCUCCCCAGACAUCUCCGGAGGUGUUGAGCUGUACAACGCCCGCGGGAACAUCAAGGUGGCCAACACCCUGGAGAGCAGACUGGAUCUCAUGGCUCAGCAGAUGAUGCCUGAAGUACGAGUGGCACUUUUCGGAAAGAACCCCAACCGCAAGUUCUUGGAUUGAGCUGCUUUCAAGAAGUCUCCAUUUUGUUUUAUAUUUUGUGGUGUAAAAUAUCCCAUUCCUGUGUCGAUAGAGUUAUAUUCCAUUCAAAUUCCAACUCAAGAGGAGACACAUUUUUGUUGUGUGACGUAUUGCUGUAAUGUUUCUGUGCAACUACAAGUACGGGUUGGAAGCGCUAAUGUAAGACCUGAGGUUUGAGCAGCGAAGAAUAAGACGUGUAUUGUGCUGACACUGCUUAGUAAAGGGACAUUGUGAUUGGUUGGAUGUUUAACAUUUCAGGCGCUGAUUAGAUCCUAAGAAUUACAUAUUAUUUUGCUUGCUUACAAUUGGUCUAUUAUCCAUUGGCCCCUCAUUACAAAUUGCAAAGAGCAUUGUUUUACUUUAUGUCUGCUCAGACCAAUCACAGAGUGAAUGAAGUACUAGAAAAAAUAUGACUAUUUGGUGAAGUUAAUUUAUUAAUGUUACAUUUAUCGUACAUUACAUAUGUGUAUCGGAUGUGUGGCUGUGGUUGCAGUGUGUGUAUAUCAGGACUCCAGAGGUGUGAUUAAAUUAUAAGUGUAUACGGUU